UCUUCCAAGUUUCCAAAAUAUGACGGAAAAUAUCCUUCGGGGUCAGCAAGCUGGACGGCAAGCCCUUCCCAGGACUGCAACCGGGGAACGCAGAACAGAGGGAGCCUUUCCAAGGGAGGCUGCUGGGACCAGAGGCAGCGAGGGACGGGCGUCCCGGCAAACGGCGCUGGCUGCCCGCACGGCACCGUCGGCCGAGGGGGUGCCGGGCAGGGGCUGCCAUGGCCCCGGUGCAGCUCAACACCUGGCUGGUCCUCUGUGUGUUUGCUGGCUCCCAGAGGCUGACAGAUGAACAUCCUCACCGCAGGGACGAUGCCGGUGCAAACACCCCCCAUCGUGGCCCGGAGGACGCCGACGUCAUGUUAGAGAUGCUCUGGGGAGGGCUGGAUAUUCAGCCCAACGGGACGAUGCUGCUGCAGGACGAAGAGCUGGCCUCCCUGCGCCCGGUGCGGCAGUUCAUGCAGAUUUUAGAGGAGGAAGUUCCCAAAACACCACCAGAGGUUGAGCAGCACCUGAGAUAUUAUUCACUGACUGAUACCCCUUUGCCUCUCACAGAGUUCGACCGGCUCCUUUUCACGAGUGUUUACUGCGCCCAUCAGAUUCGCUCCACGCAAGGUCUGGAUAAAAAUCUCUGGAUUAAUUUUUUCUCUCAGGCGGUUGACGAAAUCUUUCGCGAUCUGUGCAAGGGGCUCUGCCCUGCAAAUACCACCCUCCUCCUGGCUUCUUGGCCCUGGAAGGAGAAGCCUUCCCAUUUAGCAUCCCUGAAACACUUCUAUCCUUCUAACCUGGCCAGGACAAAGAGAGACACUUGAUAAGGGAAACUACCGUAGUAAAGGACACACCUGACUCCAGCUGCAUCCUUGGUCACUUUGAGUGCUUUCCGCAUUAUUCAGGACUUUGUACAAAUAUGCCUUGCUUUUUGUCCUGCUUUCUGCAGGAUUUAUAUCUAAGGAUUUAUACACAAUCUUUUGUUUUUAAAUGAAAUAGGACAAACUAUACAGUGCAUUUUACCCUUUCUUGGUUUUGGGGUGGUUUUUUUCCCUGUUUGUUUUUUCUUUUCUUUUAUGUGGGCUGUGCUGAAGGGGGCAGUGCCACAUAGAUGUGUUAUCUGUCUCCAUCACUGGUGCUUACUGGGGAGAUGCCCUUUUUCCAGGAUGUUACACUGGUGUCCUCGCUGACUUCGUUUCAGAUAAUUCAGUUCAGCAUCCUUAUAUCCCCACUGAGGUUUCAGCCAAAUACAAUUAUCUCUUCUCCUCUCCAGUAACCAGCUAAGCAGCUUUUGUUGUUUUUCAUAAUAUAGGUCACAGAUUUCAUUUGAGCUUUUUGCUCAUGUAGCAUCACAUUUUAUGUGUCUAUAGUCAUUUCCCAUCUCAUGUGUUCCUUCUUCCUUAAAAAGCAACCUGAAAAUGUACAUAUUCCAUGAAGCUUUCUAGUAUUUGCAUGUCAUAUUUACACAUGUACUCUGCUUUGUGUCAGUUGUCAGUUUGGAAUAUACUUCCUUAAAUCUCAUUUCAAUUCCUAAGGAUUGUGACCUAGUUAUUUCUUCAGCAGAUUUUGUCUCUUCUAUUAAGGUUUUUUUUGUACAGAUACGGCACUUUACAAGCCAAACAUAAUAAAUACACAAUCUCGAUCCUCAGAACCAGAAAUACAAUCGUUUCAUAGAAAAAGAUUAACCUUUCUCUGUCCUACACAUUACA